AUGUACGGUGACCAGGAGAGACUGUACACUAAAGAAACCAUUGUAGUAAAAAAUGUGCAGAUAGAGACGUACGUGCACAACAACGGGAUAAUCAUCGUGCCCAACACAGAAAGCAACUGUGCGAAUGUAAAGACCCUGGAGAUAAGCGACAUCCAGAAGAUGUACACAAUUUUAGAUGAAAAAGAAGAAAAACCCGCAACAACAAGCUAUAAAAAGUCUCUCUACAUUCUCAAAAAAAGAGCAAACGGGCCAAGACAAAAAUAA